AUGGAUAUAGCAACCAAGAUUUUCCUACUUUCUCUUUGUUUAUUUGAAACGGUCAAUUCAAAAAUAGAAGCCAAUAGUCGAACAGAUGAAGCACUUUCGACUGUAAUACCCAAAAUUCUGGCUAAUCGAAAUUUACGUGAAAGCAAACUUGAUGAUCAUAUAUUAGUUGAAAACUGGCAAGAUUAUGUCUUAGCUAAUGCUGUUCUUGCCAAUUAUUUGAAUAUUUUAAUGGUCCAUGCAUCGAAAUCAGAUUUUUCCCUUUUAAAACAAUCGAAUCAUUGUACAAUAUAUGUCAAAACGCCUAGUUCGUUUCGCAAGACAAUUGUUCAACUAAGCGACAACAUUCGACUCGUUCUGAUGAAUUUAUAUGGUGACCUACAUCAAAUUCAAUUAACAUUAGAAAAUUUUCCUAUUCAUUUAAAAACUAUUCUUCUCUUAAUUGCAAAAGGAACCGAACAGCAAAUAAAUUCAUAUCUACCAAAUCUACUUGUAAAAGGAGAAAUUUAUAUUAAUGAAAGUUUAUUAAUACUUAAAAAUCCCCGAACCAAAACGGAACAAGUCAAAGAUCUUAUUGUCGAGUUAGAAUCGUUAAUUUCAAAUGUAUCAUCUGAAUAUGCAGUUUCGUCACAAGUAGAAGAUGUUAAAGCUCAAUGGAUUCUCUUUAAUGAUUUAUUUGCUCAAAUAGCAGUACAAGCUGAAAAUGGUAUUCAUGAUUUUCUUCUUCAAUUCAAUUGGGUUUUAGAACAAUUUAUUCAAUUAAAUGUUAGUAGCCAUCGCGAUUUAAUACUUAAUUUACUGAAACCAAAAGUUAUUGAAAUCGACCGUACAAUUGAUCUUCUUAAAAUAAUAUCAGAAACAUCGGUCCAAAUAUCGUCAAGCUAUACAAAUCAAAAAAUGACUGACAACAUAAAUUUAAUUCUUCUAUCAAAUGAAGAACAACGAAAAGAAGCGAUUAAAAAUCAUCGCUAUGAAUUACAACCCGUAGCAGUUAAAUUUGCACGAAUCGCCUUGCAAAGACACGAUGAAUUUCUUGCACGUACGGCAAAUCGCGAAAAAGCAUAUGAAGAUUUCUUGAGCGAAAUGUCUACAGCUGAUUUAAACAUUUUAUUAACACUAAAUGUAUGA